CGGCCCAGUGGAAGAUGAUGUUUUUUGGAGUCAAUUCAGCCUACAGCCAUCAGAAACAGGCCCACUCUUAGAUCAGAAUUCUUGGAGAACAUUGAAAAAUUACAGAAUAUGCACUACAUGGGGUUCAUGGAUUGAUAUACAGUUUACAUGUUGAGUAAAAUCCUUACCACUGCUGUGGUGUUUCUGGUGAUAGCCAUUACCAUAACAGCAGACCCUGACACUAAUGUCAACUACAGAUAUUGUAAACCAUGGAAGUGGGUUAGUGUUGGCCCAUGGCCAGAGGAAUGUAAGAGAUGCCCUGGUUGUAAGCGUGGAUAUUACCAUGACAAUUCGACUCUGGGUCCACUAGACACCAAGCAAGGAGCACUGGAAUGUCAUCAGUGUACGAAAUGUCCAGAGGGCAAGUACAGCAACCAGCACACACGUGACUGGAACAAUCUUCGCUACUGUCGCCAUGACCGUAACUGUACAACGAAGAAUCGUCUGUACAAAUGGAAACCCAGACAGAGCCGAAAGUCUAAGUGUGGAGCCUGCAUUGAGGGCUAUGUUCGUGAGCGUAAUUGGGAUGAAGAUGAUGGUGUCUGUUACAAGCCACAGAAUGACACCAGUGACGGUGAUGUAGACAUAGAAGAUAGCCCAGAGUACAACACUGUACCGAGUCCCAAACUUGACAAAGGCCAGGAAUUAGAUACUGGGGAAAACUUAGAGGCCUUGGAACAGACUGUGAAAUCAGAGGCUAAGAGAAACAGAGACCACCACAAGGUGUAUUCCGUCAUUAUCAUAUCCUGUAUAGUUGUCCUCUUUGUUAUCGCCAUCUUAUUUGCUGUCCUGAGAAAGAAAAGGUGUUGUUCUAGUGAAUCACAGGACACAGUACUAAAGGGAGGUGACUGUAUCAGUUCAACCAGUCCACUUAUGGUGGAUGGAGAGUCUUCAAACGUGAGCAGUCCACAGCAGUCCACAGUUGGUAUAGGUGUGCCCACAGUAUCCACCAAAUUGACAAGAAUUUGUGCCAAACUGGGAUCAUGUGUUGACCUGCAGUCAAGUGUAACUGGUGUAGGGGUCCAGUCAGUGGUCUGGAAAAUUAUUCGUGGGGACGUGACCACUGACAUUGCCAUAGACAACGAGAAAUAUAGAGGAUCAGUCAUAAGUGAUCCAUCUCUCCAUAUAACUGAGGUGUCUGAUGGAGACGAGGGCAUGUACCUGUGUACAGCAGUCAAUGGAGUGGGGACUGGCAGUAGUCCUUUAUGUCACCUCAAGGUCACCACCAAUCCUGACCUGGUACUAACUGCUAAAGAGAGGAUUAGAGCCAAGAAGAUCAAGUUGGAAUCACCUGACGACAAGAUGAUAAAGUGUUUAGCUGAUGUGGUAAAGGGUGACCAAUCAAAACUGUACAAACAUUUGGAAAUCCCUCCUCACCGAGUCUCUCAGAUCCAUAAGGAUUUCCAUCAUAAAGGAGUGAGGGAGUGUGUUCACCAGACCCUGAACAUCUACGUCCAGAGACAAGGUGGACAGGCUACAGUCUACACCCUCUAUAAGGCUCUCAAAGAUUGCAGUUUCUUCUAUGAGCUGAAGUUUUAUGUUGAAGCAUUCCGUAAUCAACUGUCUGAUGAGGGAAACAGCACAGUUAUUUCAAUGGAAGACACUGAAACAAAUGAUGAUGAGGUCGACUGCCAAAAUGAAAGCCCUAUUUUAGAUUCAGAUGAUCAGCAAGAAAAUGUUGAGAAUAUUGUUCUGACAUUUGACAAACAUAAAUUGAAAUGUCAGGUCACAGUUUUAGAUCGCUAGGCUUCUUUCCAAAUUUUACACUUGGCUAAUUUCACUGAUUAUAUAUUUAGUGACAUUAUUUCAUGAAAUAUGAUCUGGUAAAUAGAAAGAAGACUAUUGUAUUGUCCUCUUUCAUCUUCCGUUCCUUAUUCUUGUCAUGUCCAGUAAACAAAAUUUAACUUAACAAUGUACCAAAUAAAAUGGUCCUUACUCAAAAGCUCCCUUUCAAGUCGGCCAAUCUUCAGGGCCACACUCUACUCCAACAAUGUUAGAGGAUAGCACGGAGAGAAACUUAUGACGGGCGCUGUCGGUUGGUGUCAGAAUAAAAAAAUAGCCAGAGACCUUUAGCUAGCUGAAGUAGGCCACUCUCUUUACUGGUUUGCUUUCUACCUCUGGAAUGUCAGUUUAACCCUACUUGCUUCUGGUUUCUGAUAGAUAUUAAUCAAAAGUUUGCUUGUAUUUCCGCAUUUUAUUAUUAUAAAGUUAAAAAUACAGCCUCUGUACCAGGUAUCUGAAUUCAUUAUUGCCAAAUUUUGGGAUUUCUUGCAUACCCAAUAUUAUGUCAAUAUAAUUUCUAUUUUUUCCAAAAGUUGAUAUACUCCGCAUAUCUGAUGAAUUCACUGCUGAUGCAGUCAACAAAGUCUGAAAUAGUUAUCUCCCUUUAAUCAUGAUUAUUUUCCAACAGCUGUUGUUUUAGUCUAGCUAUUUAUGUGCCAUUUUUGUUUGUCAUAAUUUACUUCCAGUUACUGUUACCGUUAGAUACAACUGAGGGAAUUUGAUAUGCCAAGGUACAAUGAUGCAAUGUUACUGAAUGUAGGAUAAGGAACAUGUCUUCUCAUUCUCUCUAAUACCAAAUGUCUUAAAACAUAUCUUAAGUAUUGUAAGAGAAGUGGAAAAAUGCUUGGCCAGACUGGGGUUCGAACACACGACCUCUGAGCACUAGCCGGAUGCUCUACCUAUUGAGCUACAGUGUACCUGGUCGCCGAUGACCGACUUGAUCCAGUUCCACUACACUCAUCCCUCCCUUUUAAAGUCUUCGACCUCGAAGACCUAACAACUCACAACCCAGGUUCGGGUAUCCCCUUGUCAAGUAUUCACCUCACUUGAAACAAGGGUUGGUCACAGGUACCAAAUGUGAGAGGCGUGUAAAAAUGCACCGCCAGAGCGGAGGUUUGAACCCAGGACCCCCGAACACUAGCCGGAUGCUCUACCAAUUGAACUAUGGUACCUAGUCGCCAAUGAUCAACCAGUUCCGCUACAGUAUAAUUACAGUACAAAUAAGUCACUUAAUUUUCUGAAGUCAUCUUUCAUCCUAAACAUUCUUACUUUUUUCUUUAGGACUUUGUUGACUGCAAUACUGCUCUGUAAUUGGUCAAUUAACAGUGACUGUAUCAGAUAUGUGUUAGCAGUAUAUCAGCUUUAAAAAAAAUAGAUUUUUUUUUCGAUUUGGAAAUGUGAAAGAAGUAAAUCCAUAUAGUGAUUUCAUGUAUCUUUAAGUCCCAAUUUAUCUGUGAUAUUUUGUUUUACUGUCUUUCACAAUAAAUAAUAUAUUGUAAUAGUUAGUAAUAUAUAAAGUAAAGUUUUAUUUACAAAGAAAUAUUUUUAGCAAAUGUUAUUAAGGUCUUAUAACCAGCAUUACUCUAUUACCGUAUUUAUUAGCAAACAAGCCCCUUCCCAAAAAUAAUCCCUCCUCAGACUUUGAUAAAAGACUUUUACACUAUACACAAGGGGAGAGGGUUGUUGAAGAAUAUGGUACAACACUAGGGGAGAGGGUUGUUGAGGAAUAUGGUACAACACUAGGGGAGAGGGUUGUUGAGGAAUACAGUACAACACUAGGGGAGAGGGUUGUUGGGGAAUACAGUACAACGCUAGGGGAGAGGGUUGUUGAGGAAUACGGUACAACACUAGGGGAGAGGGUUGUUGGGUAAUACAGUACAACACUAGGGGAGAGGGUUGUUGGGGAAUACAGUACAACACUAGGGGAGAGGGUUGUUGAGGAAUACAGUACAACACUAGGGGAGAGGGUUGUUGGGGAAUACAGUACAACACUAGGGGAGAGGGUUGUUGGGGAAUACAGUACAACGCUAGGGGAGAGGGUUGUUGGGGAAUAUGGUACAGCACUAGAGGAGAGGGUUGUUGGGGAAUACAGUACAACGCUAGGGGAGAGGGUUGUUGAGGAAUACAGUACAACACUAGGGGAGAGGGUUGUUGAGGAAUAAGGUACAACACUAGGGGAGAGGGUUGUUGAGGAAUACAGUACAACACUAGGGGAGAGGGUUGUUGAGGAAUACAGUACAACACUAGGGGAGAGGGUUGUUGGGGAAUACAGUACAACACUAGGGGAGAGGGUUGUUGGGGAAUACAGUACAACGCUAGGGGAGAGGGUUGUUGGGGAAUAUGGUACAGCACUAGAGGAGAGGGUUGUUGGGGAAUACAGUACAACGCUAGGGGAGAGGGUUGUUGGGGAAUAUGGUACAGCACUAGAGGAGAGGGUUGUUGGGGAAUACAGUACAACACUAGGGGAGAGGGUUGUUGGGUAAUACAGUACAACACUAGGGGAGAGGGUUGUUGGGUAAUACAGUACAACACUAGGGGAGAGGGUUGAGGAAUAUGGUACAACACUAGGGGAGAGGGUUGUUGGGUAAUACGGUACAACACUAGGGGAGAGGGUUGUUGGGUAAUACAGUACAACACUAGGGGAGAGGGUUGUUGGGUAAUACAGUACAACACUAGGGGAGAGGGUUGUUGAGGAAUACAGUACAACACUAGGGGAGAGGGUUGUUGGGUAAUACAGUACAACACUAGGGGAGAGGGUUGUUGGGUAAUACAGUACAACACUAGGGGAGAGGGUUGUUGAGGAAUACAGUACAACACUAGGGGAGAGGGUUGUUGAGGAAUACAGUACAACACUAGGGGAGAGGGUUGUUGAGGAAUACAGUACAACACUAGGGGAGAGGGUUGUUGAGGAAUACAGUACAACACUAGGGGGGAGGGUUGUUGGGGAAUAUGGUACAACACUAGGGGAGAGGGUUGUUGGGGAAUACAGUACAACACUAGGGGAGAGGGUUGUUGGGGAAUACAGUACAACACUAGGGGAGAGGGUUGUUGAGAAAUACGGUACAUUUGUCAGCAAUAUGUAUUACAAGACCAUAAUCUCAUUUGAUAAAACACGUACACAACAUUUAUUUACUUUUGAAUAUAAUGUAGAAUUGCUUUGUUUUGUUUUUUACUUUCCUGUUGUCUGCUUUUAAAGCUGUUGAACACAAGGAAGUUGAUGUCGUCACAAUGAGAUUGUGAUAUCAUAGUGCGAUCAUGUGAUCAAAUGAUGUUUUUGUCUCCAAUUCUCUGUUCUGUCUUUUCUUAAUACAGAUAGAGUUAUCUGCUCUUGUGAGCAAAUAUAGAUAGUUACGAAAAAACAAAAUACAUUUGCAAUGUAUCUAGAUAGAUAUGUAAGUAUGAUCGCUGAGAAAAUUGGCAAAAAUUGGUGUUUUUAUCCCGUAUUUGAUAAUAGUGUAUUACUUAGACGUUAUAUGAUAAACAGAGCUGUUUACUUAUGAAAUAUUUUACACUUUAAACAUGCUAUUCUAUUUGUGCUUUCCAAUCAAUGUGUUGACAAGUGCUUUAAUUAUAUAUAUAUGAAAAGUAUUUAUAUUUUAUAUAUUGUAUAUGCAUGGGUUGACUUCCAACCUGAAAACUGGACUCAAUUCGAAAUGUUCAUCUCUGUCUGAGGGAAUUUAUAUUACAAAUUGAAAAUAUGAAUAUGGAAAAUGUGUUCUCAAGUAAAUAAACUGCCCAUAGGUUAAGUGAGUUUUCGCCAUGGUGCAGCGUCCAUUGUCCUCCGUCAACUGUUCAUGUAAAUUCUUACUAGUCAUGAACCACAAAACGGAUUUUGACUAAAUUUGGUGAGAAGAUCCUGGUAUGACAGGGGACCAAUUUUAUUCACCGAGUCACUGAGGGGUUGGACGAUGUCUCAAAUUGGCACCCCUCCUUUGAUAAAACACUCAAUUUCUUCUUAACAAAAUGCCCUAGAAUCAAUAUAUUUGACUGGUAGGUUUCAGGAAUGAUGCCAACAAAAUUUGUGAAAGAAGUGACCUUGACCCAUAUUCAAGGUAAAAGGGGUAAUUUUAUUUAAAUCACAUAAACAAGCUCUUUUGAUUAAUUGAAAGGCAAGACAAUCAUAAAAAUGAAUACCAGGUGAGUGAUGCAGGUCCAUUGGGCCUUUUGUAUGAAUUAAAGACUAUUCACAUGCUACAAUUGAUGCAUAAUGUAAACAGUAGUUUUGAUGCAUUGAUUGUAACAGUUCAAAUUCACCUUCAACCCAGGUUCUUAAUUAUACUUAAUAGUACCUUGCUUUGAAUAUAUAAGACACACAACAACUAGAUACAGGUCCUACAUUUAUUCAACACUAUCAUUGGCUAUAUAAAACAACUAGUAACCAUAACUAUUUACAGCACCACAGAAUAAAAACAUCUUCCACACUAUCAUACACGAAGCAGCUAUUACCCCAAAACAUAGACUGAAAGAUUGAAGGAAAAUAACCAGCCAAUGGCUUCUGUUAAGUGUAAGGAAAGUGUAGAAAGGAAAGAAUAGAAGGGAAGUAAACAACCAACUUUCAACAAUGAUUUUUUUAAGUUUCAUAAAAACUUGCAACAAUGAAGUACCAGCCAAUGGCUUCUAUAUCUUCAUACAACUUCCCACAGAUACUCGUUACAUUCACACAUAAAAACUAGCAACCAUUUCCAUUCACAAUGGUGCACAUAGAUUAGCAUACACUGUUUUCAAUAUAAAAUACACAAUCAUUAUUACUUGCACACAUUCCCAAACUAUAUACAUACUCUCAUACUACAUACAUUCUACAUUCUGAACAUAUAUAUUCACACUCACAAUUAAUAAUUCAACUAUAAUCCAACAAAAUACUAUCAUACAUACGCAAAUAUAUACUUCUACUAAGGGACACAACUCUCAAACAAAGGUACAAAUGUACAUAACUCGCAAAAUCCAUUCCCGUUACACAUUGCAAUUGAAAGUCAAUUUUUACAGAUUUGAAAGGAAAAACAGACUAACAGA